AUGUCCGUUGCGAGUGAAAUUGUGCGUCUGCAGAAGUCUCUGGUCAAGGUGUGGCCGGAUAUGAACGGCAAGAAGAAAAAACGUACAAUGAAACUCCUAAGGACGCUGGAAACUUAUCGCAUGAGUUUUGAUAUAUUGAUCCAGACCCGCAUCGGCAUCACUGUCAAUAUACUGCGAAAGUGCAGCAAAGACAAUGAGAUAGCAUUGCUGGGCAGAUCGCUGAUCAGAACCUGGAAAUACUGUGUGCCAAUCGAGCUGCGUAACCGCUGGAAAGCAGAUAUUGGUAAGCCAUUGUUAGGGCCGCGUAUUCUACAUAGCGAAAUCAAUUGGAAGCGCUGCCUCCCACAAUGCGUACGGAAGUUGUGGAAAACCCGCAUUAUGGGUGAGAAGGAAAAGAAAGACAAAAAGCGCAAGAAGGGCAAGAAGGCAAGAGUUAGGAAGUCAAAUGGUUUCCAUUCGCCCGGCAGCGGCAUUUUGUGUUCAUCAUCCGACGAAGGCUAUUGGAAGCCCAUCAUAAAAGCAAAAAUGGCCAAAAACCGCAUCGGUGUUGGUACUUUUGAAGAUGGUAGUGCAUACGAGAAUUGGAAACGGCGCCAGCCGUACUCGGACUCAAUUCGCAAGAAUGUUCCCUGUAGGUCAGGCUUGGCCGCAAACAAUGAAAAGAGGAACAAGCCAAGCAACAAAUGGAACUCACGUCCAUUCCCCGAGAGACCAAUCGUGACAAAGGGAACAUACAAGCCCUAUGCAAUACUACGCGGCUAUAAGAAUGGCACCGGCAGCGGCGCAUUGAGUAAGGCUUAUGAAAAGGUCACCAAAUCGAUCAACAAAUACAAUGCACGUUUAGCCACUGCCAAGAAUGCUCACUUGGAGCGUGGUUUACCCAAAUCGGAGCCAAGAACUAAUCAGAAUGCUAUCAGUGCCAAAGACCUCGACAAUGGCCAACGCCAGCCCAGGGCCAAGCCCAACGUCGCCCCAUCCAGCCUGUCUUCUACUGAUAAUAAUAAACAGGAAAGAAAGAUUUCCAGUUACAUACCGAAAACUGAGUUCCCGCCAAGCCAUGUGACCGAUCCUAUGCGCUUGAAAUGUUUGAAUAUGUUAAACAAUUCGUUAAAAAUUGACGAAGUGCCUGAGGGUUGUGCCGAGCCCGAAGAAUUGACAAUUCAGCUAGAACAGCAGAUUUUCGAUCAGUUCAAAAAUACUGGUAUGAACUAUAAGAAUCGUGUACGUUCCCGUUCAGCAAAUCUGAAGGACUUGAAGAAUCCAACGCUGCGUGGCAAUUUCCUCUGCGGCUUCAUAUCUGCAGAGGAAUUGGCAAAAAUGUCACCCGAGGAGAUGGCCAGCGAUGAGAUGAAGAGCCUGCGCCGUUCAUUUGCCAUAGAGGCCAUGAGCGAUGCUCAGCUGACCACCAACCAGGGCACCCACACCGAAAUGCUUAAGUGUGGCAAAUGCAAGAAACGCAAUUGCACUUACAACCAAUUGCAGACCCGAUCGGCCGACGAGCCGAUGACUACCUUUGUCCACUGCAAUGAGUGCGGCAACCGCUGGAAGUUUUCCUAAUUCCCGAAUUGACCUCAUCAGAGAGCAUACAUAAAUAUACUAAGUAGCACACCUAUGUGUCCGCAAUAAUUUGUCCGCAUUUCUGAUUCAAAUUCCCCCCUCGUCCAUUAAAUAAACACAAUUACACAAAAAGCA